UUUUUUUUGCAUGUGGGAUUUCCUGCCGCGAUGUCUGCAACAUUUCGCUAUUUGUUUCUGGUUCUCCUCAGUCCGCUGUCAGGAGGUGCCCAGACUGAGAUGAAGAAGGUAGUCGGGGACAACGCCACCUUACCUUGCCACCACCAGUUCCAAUCAUCCGGCUCAAUUGAUAUUGAGUGGCUCCUGCAGAAACCAAACUCCAAACAGAAAGUGAUCAUUACGUUCUUCGGUGGUCACGUGUACACUAAUGAGGCCACGAGCACUGAUGCCGGUCACUUCUCCUUUGCUGGGGAGUACCUGGGUGGAGACGCCUCCCUGCUGAUCAGUGACCUGCUGCUGAAUGACUCUGGGGAGUACUACUGCAAGGUCAAGACUGGGGGGAAGUACCACUGGAGCCAAGUCAACCUCAUUGUGCUGGUGAAACCCUCAAAGCCCAUAUGUCGGAUGGACGGUGACCACCUGGAAGGUAGCGACGUCAAGCUGAGCUGCAAGUCCAGUGACGGUUCCGACCCCAUCAACUACAAGUGGGAGCGAGUGCUAGACAAAGGCAAGAGCCUUGGCAAACUGCCAAACCUGGCACUUAUAGAUCUGAAGAACCCUGAACUCAUGACCCUGAGGAACCUCACCAUGGAGAGCACAGGUGUCUACAGGUGCACAGCCAGCAAUGAUGUGGGCGAGGAGAACUGCACCAUUGAGGUCCCAAUGCAGCGUGUGAAGGAUAUGGGUAAGAUGGCUGGAGCAGUAGUGGGAAUUUCCGUGGGUGUGCUCAUCGUCAUAUUAACCGUCUGGCUUGUCUUCAGAACAAAAGAGAAAAAGAAGUAUGAGGAAGAGGAGACUCCAAAUGAGAUAAGGGAGGAUGCAGAGGCUCCUAAGGCCAAGCUGGUGAAGCCCAACUCCCUGUCCUCGUCCCGCUCCGGCAGCUCACGCUCAGGAGCCUCCUCCACCCAGUCGAUGGUGCACAACAGCGCCCAGCGUGGCCACCGCCCCCGCCCACCUGCAGUUGCAGCGCUCAAGGAAAAUGGACAACCUCCGGGCUUUCCCCAGUCCCCUCCAGCCUACACCACAGUGGUGCCACCCAAGAACCCCGAACCCCCUACCACUCCCAAAUUCAACUCCAGGAAUAUGUCUGGGCCCACACCCCCGACCCUCAUGGUCCCUGCCCAGACCAAGGCCUUUCAGACUGUGUAGGACUGAAAGCUAACUCCUUCCUGCAGCCAUGCCAUGACUCCCAUUCCUACCCCCCAACCCUGUACCCCUUCCCAAAGACUAAGACCCUUCCAUAAACAAAGAAAUGCAACUAGUUAAAGGGAUGUAAUUAAAAAUUUAAUACUAUCAGUCCAAAAGUACUUCUAAUGAAUGCAUACUUAAAAGGGAAAAUAUGAAAUGCUUUCCCCUACUGAAUUACAUAAAAGAAAAAGAUCAAAGACAAGGCUCUGUUUGUUCCUUGUGACUUAAGGAAGAAAGCACUGUAUGCGGCGAGCUGAAAGGACCGCCUCGUCGAAUAUUUAUCAUAUCAAAAUUUUAGGCAUGUAAUGGAGCAAAGGGGUAAAAAGUGGAUAAAACAUUCAAAGCUGAAUGAUAGUAGAUGUAGCCCCCUCCCACCAUGAUACGUACGAGAUGGAGACUGCAGAUCUUUUCUUCUCCAGUGGGAUGAUGAUGUCACUUUCCAGCACUUGAUCCAAAACCACAGACCCCAUUUGCCACCCGUGGGUUGACCCAAUUGUGCCCGUUCAUGCGGCCAGACACAGUAUUACAGUGUGUGUGGGUGGGUGUAUGUGUGUAUUUGUGUGUGCAUCAUUAUCCUCUCUUUUGAGGAAUCCACAAGGAACUUACUUAGACUCACUCAUCUGACUGAUCAGCCAAUCUGCUUUACCACCAGCAGGGCAAACUUCAGGUAUAAGGAUGUAGCACUAACAGUGGAGUCAUAUUAAUGGAGUCUUCACAUCUUUUCUGGUACUGAAUACCUUACUUCUAUUAAACACAUACCGGUAUACUAGGCCUAUAGACAGACCAUGCUUUGAUAUUGGAAAUAAGCAACUAUUAGCUCAUCAAGAGUAUUUUUUUGCCUCCCUUGUUUUAUGUGUUUCUUCUAUCCAAGCUGGUCGAAUGGUUGACAGACAGCUUAGUCAUAAUAAGAAGUGCCACCAUUCCCUAAAAUGGGUUAUUAUUUUUGCUUUUAUUUUUUUUGUUUACCUGCUGCAUUUCAGAAAUGAAACCAAAAUGUGUUACCAUGAACGUGUGCUGAAUGAUGAGGAGGGAUGGCAUCAUUUUCGUUGCAGUAAAGUACUGAAUUAAUAAGCGAAUAUAACUUAUCUUCACUUCUGCUACCUGUUUUCACUCUUGUAAUAAGACAGAAUGAAAUUAAUAACGAAGAGGAAGUGGGCCUUAUAAUGUUUUAUUAUUUACGAUUGUAAUUGUGUGGUGUCAACUGUAAUGAUUUGAUCAGAAGCAAUAGACACAAUUGAUGAAAGCAGGAAAACACAUCGCCUGAAGUUAGAAGAUGCUACGGGAGGCAGAGGAGUUCCCGGCAGAUCACAGCAACCGCGUGUGUUGCUUCGUAUUGUUGCUGUAAACACCUAUGGGUAAAACUCAUUAAAAUAAAGAAAACACACAGAUAUACAGAACUGUUGACGAAAGAUUUUCUAGCUUGAGCACUCUGGACUACAUAAUCACCAUCAUCAUCAUCAUCAUAAAUUUCCUCAGCAGUUUUUCAUGUUGAUGGAUUUAGUUUUUGGAGCAGCAUGAGAUUCAUAGUGUUUCCAGGACAAGAGAUGCCACUCUGUUGUUAGCCUCGUUAGAAAAAACAGUCCGCUAGUACAGUAACUCUUCUGCCUCUGUUAGCUUCUUGCAGACUCUACUCUUGUCUGCUUUCCUCACUCUGUCUACCUUGCCCUUCUUAUUACAUUACAUGAAUAAGUGAAAAUAACCCAAAGAAGACACGAGGCUGACAUUUUCAGACAUCAUAGUGAAAAAAAGUCAAUUAAGCCUGAUAAAAGGAAUGAGAAGUAUGAUGACUUCAGUUGUAAAGAGUGUAUGGUAUCAUUGUCAGGACUCUCAAUGGAUUCAUAAUAAUGGAGUGGCACUCAAUGGCUCUCUGCCUGAAUCAGCAAGUGCUGGUGUGUUAUUGGUCCGUCCGUGUUAUCAGCCAAUGCCCCUUUUGUCACAUAGUCUCAGAUCCAGUGCAGUUUGAUUGAACGUAGCUAAAAUAAAGCAAGUAGCUUCUCUAUCUAGUGUGCCUUUGCAAUCCCUUAUUCCUUUUCAUUCUUUCUUUCUUUGUCCCUAUCUUCAGCACACCUUCUCACUGGCUGAGAAGGUCAAUGGUGACAAAUAUUGAUGCACUUCAAUAAGUCGCCCUGGAUAAAAACUGAGGCAUCCCAAAGGGGGGGGAGUACAGAGCAGUGCAAAGUAUCCAUUGUGAGAGAGCUAUCCUAUGCCACGGGACAAUGUACUGUAGAUUCUGUAACCAAUAUUGUUUUGCAUUGUACAUACAGAUAGAUAUACAGUAUGCACAUGAUGUCAUUUGACUUAAUAAAUUAAGGUACAUGAGGGGAGAUUUGCGCCCUACAGCAGUAAAAGUCAAAUGGAAAACGCAAUGGUGAAUUAAAAACAUGUUGUUUUGUGUCCUAAAUGACAUUCUUGAAUGGAAAAAGAAGCUAAAAAAUAACCUUUUCCCCCCACUGAGAGCAACAUUUCGACACAGAUAGAGGUACAAGCAUGGAUUGCAUCCACCCUGUGAUGGAGGUUAUUGCUUGUGCUUUUGCCAGAUUAACCUGGAAUGCUAUUUUUCUAUUAGGAAACCCUGUCCAAUUUAAAUGUUCAUGGGUGCUCACAAUAUACACCAUAACUAUAUGGAACCUUCAAAGUCAAACGCAUCGAUUGUGAUUGAAUUUAUCUGGUCCAGACUCAAACUAUCACCAUCAUGCCUCCAUUUACUGCACAGGAAAUUAAAUAACAUUUUAGCAUAAGCAUACAACUGUAAAAUAAAAGAACUAAAAAGAAGACUGUGGGCAGCAAGAACACGCAUCCAUGCAACGAGGUGAAGACUCUGGAGCAUAAUGCUGCACCCUCCAGAGCUAAGACAAGCAAAUAUUAGAAAGUAUUUUUAUAAGGUACAGUACUGGAAAUGCAGUGUAGUACCGGCUUAUACUUGCUUUUGACAAUGAAACAUUUUUGAGGCGUUCAACUUUGUAGGUUCCACUUAAUAACAAUUGAUUUGUUACUUGUUAUAGGCUCCAGUGGUGCUCAUGAUACUUUUGAGUUGUUCGGCUUUUUCUUCUAAAACUGAAAGGGAACAGUUCACAGAAGAUAAAGGAAUUUAAUAUUCAAAUUAUUAAAAUCUGUGGGUAAAAAAAAAAAUUACUGACUUCAUAUGUGAGACUUCCCAUUUGACAUGCCUGUGAAGGGGAGGGGCCCUGUAAGAUGCCUUUUAUAUUAAACUACAAACAGCAGUUCAUAGGGAAACUAGAGUGCAAGUGCAUGUGACUAUGCGUGUGAGUGUGUACAGUGGGGGUGUGUGCAUGUUAAUUUAGUACAAGCCCUCGGGCCACACCCACACACUCUAUUGUUAGCCAUUCAGCGAACGAGAGGGGAUCUAGCCAGGCAAAGUAGCUUGUAUUUAACAAUGACAUGAAUGCAGACUGGCAGUAUUUAUUUUCAUUUGGACUCAGGAGUCAAUUGAAGCUGGCCUCACAAGCAGCAGCCAUGUUUUUGCUUGUGCGGGAGGGGCGUGUUGAGACAAGCGCGUACAUAAUUCAUAACCGGCCUUCAUGCGUUUACACUUGGCCCUGGGUGCACAUGCAAGUACUACAUUAAGUAGUUUGCAUGUGGACAAAAGUCUUGGGACAUACCUCUUGUUCAAUUUGUUUACAGUCGGGUUGAGGUAGACAUCUCGGAUUCCUGUGAAUCUGAUGCUGCAUUCCAGACUGCUGGGAAGUAGGAAAUAUCCCACUUGGAACUGCUGAAGUCCAAUCUCAAAGCAUUUCCCAUCGAAAAUCUGCAACAACAACAAAAAACGUGGCAUACCACCUCAAUGAGAUAGAGGUACGUAACAGCCAAGUAUUGUUGGAAAAAUGGGGGGGGAAAUGGAAAAGAUUUUCUCCGACAUUGCUGUGUGGCUUCAGAUUACUUGAGAGGAAUUUCCGACAGCGUCCAAAUGCACUUGAGGUCGGAAAGUCCCACUGUUCUGAAACACGGAAUAAAUUCUUCACCGAACACAAGCAAUUUUGGACAAUUCUAUACCUCCAACUUUGCUGGAACACUUUGACGAAAGCCCAGUACACAAAGAAAGGUCCAGAAAGAAAUUGUAAGAUGAUUUUAGUGCAGGACGAAUAAACACCUAAACAGAGAAAUUCCUACAGAGAUAGUUGAAAAUCUUCCACAAACACACAGGUGCUCCCACACCUUUCUGCUCCUUCAGAGUCAGUUUGAUGGAUUAAAUGUUGGGCAGCAUUAGCGUUAACUAAUGGAAGUAGUGAUGCAGACAAACAUGCCCACAGCAACAACACACAGGCACUCGCAGAGACAGGCGUUGCAUUUUAACAAUGGCGUAGCCACCAAGACUUUAGUUGUCAUAAGAGUCUGUCGGAGCACUGAAGCGCUGUGAAUCAGGCGGAGCUUCUUUUAACAGGAAUGAUAUGGAGCCAAGGCUCUCGACAUUGAAAUUUCCUCUACCACCAAUGAAAGCAACAAUAGCAGCAGUGAUGGUGGAGGAGGAAAGUCUUCCAACUGUUAAAAUUCCACCAAGCGCUUAGAUCCCUGACUUCAUCCUCUCAUGUGCAUCGCUUUCUUUGAACAGAUUUCCAUUAACUCAGUAAGGGACUAAAGGACACACACACACUCCAUUAUCAUCUUUUAGAACAGUAUUCCGUUAACAGUGUAUGUGUAUUCACUCUCAUCAUCAACCCUCAUGUGUUGGGUUAACCUGUCUUGUGUGAUAGCCACAAUGUUUUAUUUUUAUUUUUAAGGCGUUUUAUUUCUGACGAGGGCAGAGCGAAAUGAUGCUCAGACUUUUGGGCCUCAGAAUGUGAUGCAUUUUCCCGGAAAAGUGAGCGACGGUGCUGAAGUCACCCUGGAAAAGUAAAUGGGAUCUGCAUGUCAUAAGAAAAUGAGCAAACGAAUGAGAAUGCUUUGCUUUGAUGUAUCAUAGCUGUAUUUGAAUAAUGAAUUAUUUAAAAAAAAUCUACAAUUGUAAAUAUAUAUUCACGGAAAAAAAUCUGAAGCUUUAUUUUUGUCUUUUUUUAAUUUUCAUCCAUGUACUUUGCACUUUUGUGUGUGCUCUGCUCAUCACGGGCCUGUGGGAUGUGUGUGGCCGGCUGUUUCUCCUCGACAACAUGGUUGAAGCGUCGGGAGCAGACACUCGGCCCAGCGUUACUUAAGGGGACAUGCAAGACACUUUUGUUUCCUUUGGUGAUCAUCUAUUUCUUUUCUGCAGUUGUUUGGUUUUGGGUAACCGUGCAGAAUUCUUUGAUUAAAGACAAAACAAUCCAUGUAAAUAUCACAAUUUCAAAAAUGUAUAUUUUUACGACUUAUGAGUUAUUACUCUUUCAUUUGCAAAUAAAAUAUUC